CCCAGACUGUCUCUCUCUGUCUUCUCACUCUCUCUCUUAGCAAAAGCGUAUCUGAGCAAAAAGAGAGAGAAGAAGAUUGAUGCCCAGGACCAUCCGAGAGGCAAAAGCAAAGCACAAAUAGAAAGAAGAAAGAAGAAAAAAAAAAGCAGUGUACUGUAGAGCGGUUGAAAUCGAACUUCUCGAAUUUUUUUUGUUGAAAAAUAUGCUCUUGCAACUAAAUUGAAGAUUAUAAAAAUUCUCAAAAGCACUACAAGCUAAAACUCUCUCUCUCUCUCUCUCUCUCUCUCUCUCUCUGAGACCUUCCUCUGUCUUUCUCAAUGGGAAACUGCUGUAAGAAAUCCCGUGAAAUCCCAAUCUCCUCGGGUACCUCCGAUGACACACCACCUCUACAACAAUUUCCAAAGAGUACCCAAGAACGGUUUAGCCCAACUACAUCAAAAGACGCCACUCUUUCUUCCUCUUCCUCUUAUUCAUUCCCAACAAAGCCUGCUCCUCCUGCAGAUGAGGUUGGAAAAGUUCUUAAAAGACCUUACGUUGAUAUCAACUCACUCUAUGUUCUUGAUAAAGAACUGGGUAGAGGUCAGUUUGGGGUUACUUAUCUUUGUACAGAGAGAGCCACGGGACGAAAAUACGCGUGCAAGUCCAUUUCAAGGCGAAAGUUUCUGACUUCAAAAGAUAUUGAGGAUGUGAAGAGGGAGAUUCUGAUACUGCAGCACGUGACAGGGCAACCCAAUAUUGUGGAAUUCAAGGGUGCUUAUGAGGACAAGCAAAAUCUGCAUUUGGUCAUGGAAUUGUGCACUGGUGGCGAGCUUUUCGACCGGAUCAUCAAUAAUAAAGUGGGCUAUUCAGAGCGUGAAGCUGCUUCGAUUGGGAGGCAGAUUGUGAAUGUGGUUCAUGUGUGUCAUUUUAUGGGGGUGAUGCAUAGGGACUUGAAGCCUGAGAAUUUCUUGAUGGUUAGCAAGGAUGCUCAUUCUCCCAUUAAAGCUAUAGAUUUUGGUCUCUCUGUCUUCAUUGAAGAAGGGAAAUUGUACAGGGAAAUUGUUGGAAGUGCAUACUAUGUGGCCCCAGAGGUAUUGCAGAGAAAGUAUGGGAAGGAGAUAGAUGUGUGGAGCGCUGGAGUCAUUUUAUGCAUUCUUCUAAGUGGGGAGCCUCCUUUUUGGGGAGAAACUGAGAAAGCCAUAUUUGAAGCAAUCUUAGAAGGCAAACUUGACUUUCAAAGACCACCAUGGCCUUCUAUAUCUGCUAGUGCAAAGGAUCUCAUCAAACAAAUGCUAACUAUUAACCCUACAAAACGAAUUACUGCAGCUGCCGCUCUUGAACAUCCAUGGUUGAAGGAAGAUGGUGACGCAUCUGACAGACCUAUUAGUAGUGCCGUUCUAAUUAGGAUGAAGCAAUUUAGAGCAAUGAAUAAGAUGAAAAAACUCGCUCUGAAGGUAAUAGCAGAGAACCUAUCAGAAGAAGACAUAAAAGGUCUGAAACAGAUGUUCAACAACAUGGAUACUGACAAAAGCGGUACAAUCACACUUGAAGAACUCAAAGUUGGAUUGACCAGGCUAGGAUCUAGGCUUUCUGAAACAGAAAUUAAGCAGUUGAUGGAUGCCGCUGAUGUUGACAAGAAUGGGACUAUUGAUUAUUCAGAAUUCAUUACUGCUACUAUGCAUCGCCAUAAACUCGAGAGGGAAGAGCACUUGUAUAAGGCAUUCAAGUACUUUGACCAGGAUGACAGCGGAUUUAUCACUAGAGAAGAACUAAGAAAAGCUAUGACUCAAUACGGAAUGGGGGAUGAAGCUACUAUCGAUGAAGUACUUGAAGAUGUUGAUACUGAUAAAGACGGGAGAAUCAACUAUGAUGAGUUUGUAGCCAUGAUGAGAAAGGGAACAACGGAUAAUGGUGCGCAACUCAGAUUAAGUUAAUUGCUUAUCCUAUAUACAAAGUUAAAACUUCCAAAGUUCUAUGUUGCCUGCCUCUGCAAGAAUAUCAAUCUCUAUCUCCAGUGUCCACUCUUGUGUAUCAAUAUCUAUGCCAUUCCCAAGGUUAAUAAGCUCAUCAGACCAAUGUUGUAAUAGUUCAUAAAUAAAAACCCAAUAGUAAUAACCUGUUCAAAAUGAAAUAUCUAUUAUGUUUCAACUUUCAAAACUUGCUUUCCCAUGUAUCAAAUUAUCAACAGAACAUCUUUCUUUUCUUUUUCUUUU